AAGAUACAAACCAUAACCUGAAAUUUCAACCGUCGUGGCAGCCGGGACUCGUAGAUCCGCCCGCUAUUAUUGGUUGCUGCCGUCGCAGCUGCCGCUUAUAGAUUACUUCAGAAUGGAAACCCGAGAAUACGAAAAGGUUAAAUCUGAAUUCCAAGAGAAGAUUUUGCAGAUUUUCAUAGACUUCUCAACAAGAAUUGCAAAAAUUGAGGAACUUGGUGCUGUAGGAAGUAGAUUACUUAGAGGGUUUCAUCAAGGGCUCGAGUUUCUCAGGCGGGCUCCUAUAAACACGAAAGCUGAGUUAAUGAAAAGAAUUAUUGAAGCCAAUGAAACAGAGAGAGUUAAAUCAUAUUUUGCAGCUGGAUGCAUCAAUAAUCAAGAUAGAAUUCAAAAUUUAAGCAAGUUGAACACUUGCCUACUUGGACUUCAUGAUCAUUUAACUAAAGCUAAAAGCAUAUUGAAUGAGCUAGAAAAUCUUCUGGAGGAUUUAACUUCUACGAUUAGUUCUUUUAAUAAAAGUUUAUCUUUGGAGAAUGAAGCUUUAUGCGGAAAAUUUGAGCAAGCAACCAUUAACCAGGAAGAGAGAUCACCAUCAUCUCCACAGGAACUCGCAAUGACAGAUUAUGCUGUCUUGAUGGGGAUUAUUUACAGUAUGGUCAAGCAAGAUUAUGCGAUGCAGGAAAAGGUUGUCAUGUCUCUAAAUCUCAAAUCUUUAUCUGAAGAAAUGGAGAGCUAUUGCCUGAUGUGGUCUCUACGUCCUUUCGUUAAUGAUGAAAUUAUGAAUCAGGCAUGGAAGCUAAUUCAGUAGCCAUUUUUUCGUAUUUUUUCGUAGUGUAGAAUGUUUAUCGGCAGCCUGUUUUUAUUCUUCAUGUUGAUCAGUAUUUGCAAUGUGUAUGCGGUUUCUUUGUUUUAUUGUAGAUCAUGUGUUAGAAAGGUUUAAUUUAAUUGAAGGAGUAUGCAGUGUCAUGCAUUUUUUCUUUUA